AUGCGUAUUGCGCUCCGGCACUUCUUGUAUAAGAUCAAUGAAGUGGAUUCGGAUAAAUGCCCCUGCGGAGAGGGCUCAUCCCAGACACCGAAGCACGUCUUGCUUGAAUGUCAGACCUUCGGAGACCUGAGAAGACGUCUAUUUGACCAGCUACACAAAGCUGGAGUGAAAGGACUAGACUAUGACACUAUUGUGUCAGACCCGCUGGCAACCCGCUACGUUGCCCAAUUUAUGCAUCGAACCGGCCUUCUUGCUCAGUUUCAACAUGCUGAUCAGGAAGAGUCCGAGGAUGAAGCUGAAGACCUGAACCUAGAGGUUAUGGAGCAGAGUCCCGAAGACGCUGGGUACUCACCACCGCUUGCCACCACGUUUAAGGAGAGAGCCUCACUCAGCUAUUCGAAUACACGCUGCCUGACUGCACUGAACAACGAUAAUCAGCAAUCGAGGCUGAAGUGA